AUGCUGUUUCCUGCCGGAGGGAACUCUGCCUCCAUGGCCACCAAGACCCCAGAGGAGAAAUUUGGGAAAUGUCAGUGUGAGACAUACCAUUCUAAAAGCAUCCUGUACCAGAUCCUUCACAAAGAGCAUGCAAGUGAGACCAAGAGGCACCAGCAGCAUUGCAAUCCCCACUGCUCCACAAGGAGCAAAGGCUGCCCUUGUUUGGACAGAAGAGUUGUCCUGAGGACACCAGAAGCCAUAUGCAGAAGAGCAUCUGAAGUGCUGUUGAAGACUUCAACUUUUAUUAGAAACUUACCUUCUUUUUAUCACAUGCCUUGGGAGGAUCAGUUUGUACUCAUACAACAGAACUGGGCCCCUCUUUUUGUCCUGGGCAUGGCACAAGAAGGGGUGGAUUUUGACCUGAGAGAGAUUCCAGCCACCAGUUUAUUGAAAAAAAUCCUCCUCAAUCAGUCUUCAACAGCUAUGAAUGAACUGGGCAGCUCAUCAGCGGGAGCAUCUUUAGCAGAAGUUCAGAAGAUGAAGAAUUUAUUGUGGAAAUUCUGGGACCUGGACAUAAGUGCAAAGGAAUAUGCCUAUCUUAAAGGAAUUAUUCUUUUUAAUUCUGAAUGUAGCGUCCUGAAGUGUCUCCCUUAUGUACAGUCACUGCAGCAGGAAGCUCAAAAAGCCCUGAUGGAGUUUAUCUCAACAAUGUUCCAUGGAAGCCUCGGAAGGUUUUCUUUGAUUCUUCAGCUAAUCAAGUCUCUUCGAGACAUUGAUGCAAAUGCUAUUGAAGAGCUCUUCUUCAGGCCCGUCCUAGGAGAGGCCACCCUAAAUGUACUACUUUUAGAAACCCUAUAUAUCAAGCCAGACUGGCUUUGA